AUGAAGGACUGGGGAGACCGCAUCAAUAAUGCGGUCGCAAAGACGCGUUUUGGAUACUGGUUUCGCCUUGAGGGCUCGGCCCAUCGACGCGAGCGCAAGGGCGCAAAGUUCCUGACCGAGAUCCGUGCCGGCCUCACCACCUUUUUCGCAAUGGCGUAUAUCAUCUCCGUAAAUGCGAACAUCCUCACAGAUUCCGGCGGCACGUGCGUGUGCAAUGAUCCUGAGGAUCCGAAGUGCAUGAACAAUGUGGAGUAUAAUUUGUGUUUGAAUGUGAUUAGACGAGAUAUAAUCACCGCGACGGCGGCGAUUGCGGCCUUGUCGUCGUUUUGUAUGGGGUUGUUUUCGAAUAUGCCGGUUGCUUUGGCGCCGGGAAUGGGCUUGAACGCUUAUUUCGCAUAUAAUGUCGUCGGAUUCCAUGGCACGGGGACGGUGAGCUAUCAGCUGGCUCUGACAGCAGUUUUCGUUGAGGGUUUUGUUUUCGUUGGCUUGUCAAUUCUCGGCUUGCGCCAAUGGCUAGCGAGAGCGAUUCCCAGAUCAAUCAAGUUGGCGUCUGGCGUUGGAAUUGGCCUAUAUCUAACUCUCAUCGGGUUAACGUACAGCGCCGGCAUUGGUGCCGUCACCGGUGACACAAGCACUCCUGUGACUUUGGCAGGAUGUAUUCCAGGUGCGAUGGACAAGAAUGGCACGUGUCCAUCCUGGGCUAAAAUGCGAAGCCCAACAAUGUGGAUAGGGAUUUUCUGCGGCGGUGUUCUGACAGCCGUGCUGUUGAUGUACCGCGUUAAAGGCGCGAUCAUAGCCGGAAUCCUUCUCGUAUCGAUCAUUUCCUGGCCCCGGCCUACGGAUGUCACUUUCUUCCCCCACACCCCUGAAGGCGACGACUCUUUUAACUUCUUCAAAAAAGUCGUAACGUUCCACAAGAUAGAGAAAACACUCGCCGUGCAAGAAUGGGAUCUCAGCAAAGCAGGUGGCCAGUUCGGCCUUGCUUUGAUUACAUUCCUCUACGUCGACAUUCUCGACAUGACCGGCACUCUGUAUUCGAUGGCCCGCUACUGUGGCGCUAUCGAUGAACGGACUCAAGACUUUGAAGGUUCGGCAACCGCAUAUCUCGUCGACGCUCUCAGUAUUUCCGUCGGCUCACUCUUUGGUUGCUCGCCCGUGACUGCCUUUGUCGAAUCUGGUGCAGGUAUAUCUGAGGGUGGUGCCACAGGUAUCACGGCCAUGGUCACCGGUCUCUGCUUCUUUGUCUCCAUUUUCUUCGCUCCCAUAUUUGCGUCUAUCCCCCCGUGGGCAACGGGCUGUACGCUCAUCCUUGUCGGCUCCAUGAUGACGAAAGUCGCGGCGGAUAUUAACUGGAAGUAUAUGGGCGAUGCGAUACCGGCUUUUGUAUGUCUCGCCAUGAUGCCGUUUACAUACUCUAUCGCAUACGGAUUGAUCGCUGGAAUCUUGACAUAUGCUCUGUUGAAUACAAUUACGUGGGUACUGGAAAAGUCUUCUGGGGGUCGAUUGGUGCCGGAGAAUAAGACGUUCAAGGAGCCUUGGACGUAUAAGAUUCCUGGAGGAAUUUUGCCAGGGUGGCUAGUAAGAUUGAUAGGAGGCAAAAAGGAUUUCUGGCGCGACGACACCGUCGAUAUUCCCUCGACGCAGACAUCGACUUCACUCACCCCGGGUAACGAGUCGAUUCUUGCUGUCGACAAAGACCCAAUGCAUGCUCAGAUAGGAGAGUAUAGCCGUCCUGAAAAACAUGAUUAACUGCAAAGAAAUUAGCGAACUAUGGGGAUUUAUUUAGCGAAUCCAGAGAGUAUCGGUGAUUCGAUAUCAUAUCCAGGAGAUAUUGCAGAGAGAUAUUUUGGUCAUGGCCAUGAGAUCGGCUCUAGGAUGGUCUAAAUUA